GUUGUUUCUGUCAAAUAUCGUCAAAGAGAAGAAGACAAAUAUCGAAGUUGAAGACCACAAGUUGGCGAUAAUGUGCCAAGUUGAAAGAGCUUGGUGGGCUUUGAAGGAUCAUUAUGAUCCUUCAAACAAGUUCAAGAGACUGGGCAUAAAAGAAUUUAUGCACCAGAUCUCGCGACACCUCAAGUUCUUGAAAAUUUGGCAAAUCGCAAACUUGGCCGAGUUUUACUCGAAGUACAAGCGUCGAGUACCAACUUGCGGGGUCAUGAUUUUCGACGGUUCACUCUCUGACUUAGUCAAUGAACUUAGGGAAUUAAGAGGGAGUAAGAAAAACCACCAUGGAAGAGAUUCAAAAUUAUCUCUUCUCAUGGUGCAGGAUAGCUAUUAUGAAACGUGGAAUUUUCCGAAAGGAAAAAUCCACGUUUCAGAAACACCUUUAGAAUGUGCUAUCCGCGAAUCUAAAGAAGAGGUCAAUUUUGAUCAAACAAAUCUUUUGAAAGAAAAUUUGUUUGUGGAGUAUGGACACGGUGAAGAACUGUGUCGAUUAUUCAUCGUGAAUGAUAUUCCCAAACAAACAAAUUUUCAUUCAAACUGCCAAGGCGAGAUAAAGGAAAUCAAGUGGUUUCCCAUAAAUAGGUUGCCAUAUGCUUGUCACCCAAUGGUGCAACCUAUUAUGGAAAAGCUCACCGACAACUUGAAGCCGAAACUCCCAGAAGCCGUGGCAUGGAAGAACACCUGUGCCAUGCCAUGGCCAAUGGAUAGUUUCUGUGCUUCAGAUGUUGGUAGCUCGUCUUGUGAUGUUUUUUGA